AUGAGCGGUGUUUGCCUUAUGGUUGAUGAUACGCGAAUCGAAUACGACGCAUGGAUACGCCGUGACUGGACCGUUGGCACUGAUGCCACGCAAUUCAAAUCAUUAUUGCGCCAUGCUGUCUCCCUAUAUCAGGUGGUAUCAUGUAGGGAUGUGAGGAUUUCGCAGUAUCGUCAGCUCGGGAAUGAGGACGGAGAUGAUGAUGCGGAGGGUGAUGAUGGAGAUUCUGCAAAAUUACACGGUAACUCAUCGGCGACACGUAUGUUACGACUACUGCUUUUCGACGGAAAUUCACAUCGUAUAGCGUAUGAAUAUGAGCCCAUAGCUUGUCUGGAUGUCUUCCAUGCUAAUCGUUUGACGGGCAAGCCUGUACGAUGUUGCGGCAAGAUUGCGUUGUUUAACGGACCUGUCGAACGCCGAGGCGCCAUGUGGUUAACUCGUGGCAAUGUAAAACUGGUAUUUGAGGGGUUUGUAUGUAAGAAACAAGAUCUAUCGCAAUCGUGCAGGCUUGUGUAUGAGCCCUCCCAGGAGAUAUCUGGCCUUUGUACGCAAAAUCAAUAUGGCAGCUUGGUUAUUAGCAGCAACUCCGUGGACAUGACACAGCAGGAUGAAAGCGAUCACAUGGCAUGUGAUGUAAAUGAGGCCAAUGGAUUUAAAUAUGGAUCCUUUAAGCGUGAUGCGCAUGAUGUUCUAGAUUUUGCCUUACCAAUCAAGCGUUUCAACGCUCACACAAAGGACAUUCGUAAUCUCUCUCCUCUCGAAACCUACUUUCCUAAUGGGUCUACCUACUUGGAUUUUUCAUACAUUUCUUACCUCGUGCGCUCAAACUGCGAUGCCAGUGAAGCAUCUUUCGAGGAUUAUGCGAAGACGUUUUUGCUGGCCCAUGGUUUUAAAGGAUCUGUGUCUAUUGCGCAAGCACUAUCUCAUGUGAAUAAGUCACCAUGCAUUUCUGAGCCUUCGUCGACGUGGCUUGGCGAUAAUGCUCAUUUCGGAUUCCUAGAUCACGCGGUACCGCUAAGCAUGGUUGAUCAAUCUGACAUUUCUGAUGUUGCCAGCAAGGAGCUUCGAGAUGCUUCAUUCGACGAUAACGAUAGGUUGUGGUUGGUGAACUUGAACGAUUGUGUUGCCUGUUUUUUCUGUUUGGUCUCCCUGGAAACUUUGGGACUUGUAGAGCGUACUCCGCUUGCCACGUCAAGACAGAUAAACUCGAUAGAGGGUUUUUUUGGGGUGAAACGUUUAUGUAGUGAAAAUAGUUCUCUUUACUGGAUAUCGCAAUAUCGAAGACGCUUAGAUGACGAAGAGUUAGCCAAGAGGAUCCAACUUAUUCAGUCUGAGUAUGAAGGCAUAGAGACACUUCUGGAGUUUUGA